AUGAAAAAUAUCAGAAAUUUUGCUAUUAUUGCUCAUGUUGACCAUGGAAAAUCUACUCUUGCUGACAGGUUAAUUGAAUUAUGUGGGAAUAUUUCCAACAGAGAGAUGAAGAAUCAAAUACUUGAUUCAAUGCCAUUAGAGCGUGAGCGUGGUAUUACCAUCAAGGCGCAAACUGUAAGAUUAAACUAUAAAGCGAAAGAUGGCAAUGAAUAUCAAUUAAACAUUAUUGACACACCUGGCCAUGUUGAUUUUUCAUAUGAGGUAAGCCGAAGUUUAAUAGCGUGUGAGAGUUCGCUUUUAAUAAUUGAUGCGACUCAAGGGGUUGAGGCGCAAACCAUUUCUAAUGUGUAUCAUGCAAUAGAGGAAAAUCAUGAAAUCAUGCCUGUUUUAAACAAGAUUGAUCUUCCAAGUGCGGAGCCAGAUAAAGUAAUCAAAGAGCUAGAGGAAAUGAUUGGGAUUGAUGGAUCGAAUUCUAUCAUGGUAUCUGCUAAGAGAGGGAUUGGAAUUAAUGAGUUAUUAGAAAAAAUUGUUACUGAUCUUCCAGCUCCAGAUGGGGAUCCAAAUGCACCGUUAAGGGCUUUAUUAAUUGACAGUUGGUAUGAUGUUUAUCUUGGAAUUGUAAUUCUUAUCAGAGUGAAGGAUGGGUGUAUAUCUUUAGGUGAUGAUAUAACGAUGAUGUCAAACAACAAAAAAUAUAUUGUUGACAGACUUGGAAUAUUUAAUCCGAAGAUGGAAAAGUGUCAAACUCUUUAUAGUGGCGAGAUAGGAUUUAUCACAGCUGCGAUCAAGGACAUUGAGGAAACUGCAAUUGGUGACACAAUAACUCAUACCAAAAAUCCAACUUUAUCACCAUUUCCAGGAUUCAAAUCAAGCAAUCCGGUAGUAUUUUGUGGAAUUUUUCCGAAGGAUGAAACAAAUUUUUCAGAAAUGAAGAAAAGUAUUGCCAAGUUAAAGCUAAAUGACAACAGUUUUCAUUAUGAAGUAGAGAAAUCAACAGCUCUUGGAACUGGAUUCAGAUGUGGGUUUUUAGGUCUGCUACACAUGGAUAUUAUAUGUGAACGUCUUCGUCGAGAGAGCAAUAUAGAUCUUGUAGCUACAGCGCCGAGUGUAGUGUAUAAGGUAGUAAUGAAGGAUGGGAAAGUAAUAGAAAUAUAUAAUCCGAGUGAUUUACCAGAUCCAUCAGAGAUUCAACAUAUUGAGGAACCGUGGAUAAAGGGAACGGUUAUCACAUCAGCUGACUAUUUAGGUGCAAUUAUAACCUUAUGUGAGGAGAAGCGAGGUGAGCAUAUAAAUCUUACAUAUGUAAACAACCAAGUUAUGUUAGAAUACAAUCUACCGUUAAAUGAGAUUGUUUUUGAUUUUAAUGACAGUGUUAAGUCUCUUUCCAAAGGUUUUGCUAGUUUUAAUUAUGAGCUUUCAGAUUACAGACCUGGAAAAUUAGUAAAAGUAUCAAUUAUUGUUCACAACAACAUUGUUGAUGGACUAUCUUUUAUCACGCAUUAUGACAAAGCUCCUCAACAAGGUCGUGAUGUAUGUAGUAAGCUAAAAGAUCUAAUCCAGAGGCAUCAAUUCAAGAUUGCUAUUCAAGCAGCGAUUGGGGGGAAAAUUAUUGCUCGUGAAACAAUUGCGGGUUUCCGUAAAGGAGUUACUGACAAGCUUUAUGGAGGAGACAGAACCCGUAAGAUGAAAUUAUUAGAGAAGCAAAAGGAAGGAAAAAAACGUAUGGAAGGACUUGGAAAAGUAAACAUUCCACAGAGUGCAUUUUUAGCAGUUGCGCAAGUCAAUAAGAAGUAA